UGGAGGCUCGGACGGUGGAGAGAUUGCUCACCCCCGCUGAGGAGUUCAUCGUCCAUCACACGGCCAUGUGGAGCUGCUGGAAACGAACCCAGAGCAUCGAGCAGCUCACCUACAUCCAACACCUACACAUCCAGCAGCGCCAGUUCCAGGACAUCGGGUACAAUUUCCUGGUGGAUCAGGCUGGCGUUGUGUAUGAAGGACGUGGUUGGGGUGUUGUGGGAGCUCACGCCAAAACACACAACCUCAACUCUGUCGGUGUGGCCUUCAUGGGAAACUUCAACGACGAGACUCCAAGCAUGGCGGCGCUGUCGGCGGUACGAGCUCUGUUCCGGUACGGAAUGAAGGAGGGGUUCUUAAGUCCCGACUGUGUGAUUUUGGGCCACAGAGACGUCUCAGAUACCGAGUGUCCUGGAGAAAAUCUCUACUCUGUACUGCACACGCUCAGACUGAAGUAAAAAAGCAGAAUCUGUUUUAAGGUGGACUGAUUAAUGGUUUCUAUUUUUUUUUAAAUGUAUGUAUUUUAUUAUUAACAAGGCUGAACUAACAGUUGGGGAGCUGUUCUGUUCCUCCUGCCAAUCAUGAGAGUUUUGGAUCUCAGACUUGUCUGAUUGUUGUAUGUGGCCACUUGAUGGCGCAGUGGUUCCAACAAACUGUUGCACAGCAUCGAAGAGUCUCGAACACCUAGAUAGGUGCUGUGACCUCCUGUACUGAGUGGCAUGGCAGGUUCUCUGCUCGUCCUUGUGUUGUACUGUGGUUCCCCUGUUUCUAUCCACCACCCAAAAUGCAGUAGGUGGAUUAGCCGAACGAAAUCUGCCUCAGGAGUGAGUUAGUGCCUGUGUGAGCGUGUUACCCUGCAGCAGGUUGCUACCCGGUCCUGGGUGUGGUACUACAGUGGUUACACAUUUUUUAAAUGACCACCAGUUUGUGGAAUGUUCAGCAUGCCAGAUCCACUAAACACAAACUGGGUUCCAUAAAGAAUUGGUUUGGUGAGCUGGGUGUGAGGAGAAUGUCGCCCAGUAUUGGUGUUCAAGCCUGAUAAAGCUAAUGUGGUUACAUGGAAGUGAAUUCCUAUUAUUAAAAUCCAAAAUUUAAUUGAAUUCACUGUGAACAAACUUAAGAUUGUGCUUUUUGUUCAAGUAACUGGCUCUUAAGCUUUUAAGUCUGUAUUUAUGUUUUAAA